AUGUCCUCUGGUGGUCAAACUCCUGAACUGGAAUCAGCAGUAGAUCACCUUGUCACUAUUCUGCACCAGCCCAUUUUUACAGGCGAAAUACAUGACAUUUUGAGCAAUUUAGUUUACUAUAUACCUCGACUGCGUAGAAAGAGGAAACUGGAACAGCUUGUCUCUGGAUUCCUGGAAUCACAACUGUGGUCUAUGUUACUUGGUGAAGAUCGGAGUGUUUUACAGGAAACCGCUGAAGCUAUCUUUUCUUGGAAACUUUCAAUUUCUGAACCUGUCAUUAGCGUCGCUGAGUUUUACGCAGUCUGGGAUCGAGCGAUCAAGAACUGUAAAGCAUGGAAUAUCAGCAAAUUGACCGUUUUGACUGGUAUAUUGGGUACCCGCGCCAAGCUUGACACUCUUCAAACGCAGUUUUUCCUUGACGAUUCAAACUCUGUGUCGGGAAAAUAUAGGAAUUGGAAAUACGAGCUCUUCAUGCCAGUCUGGCGACAAUUGUUUAGAGAAACUAUGAAACACUCGCCAAGAGAAGCAGAGUACUUAGCGGUGUUGUUAUCGUGCAUUUAUGAGAACCGCGACGUGAAUGAAGUGAUGGGUGAACAAUUGGCGCCCGUGUUACUGCAGUUGUCACUGACAGUCAUCAAUGACUAUAAAAAAAGCCCAUCGUUCGUUUCCAAAAAUUUGGGGAGCAUCGCAAAAACCUUGGAAAGUACGCUUUCUAAGACCAACAUUGUUGUCGUUACGAAUGCGCUUCGUGCAGUUACCGCCACGACUUUCGACAUUUCCUUGCGCGAAAUGCACGCUCCCAGAGCCAAUUAUUCAACUCAAAUAUACUCGAAUCAGCUGCUCACCGUUAUUUCUAUUCUUCGAGGCUGUUUAUCUCGGCCAGCAAUUCCCAAAGAAUGGUACAGCCAAGUCAUCAUGUCGCUAUUUUAUGUUGAUUUUAUUGCCCAAGAUUUUGGCAAAAAAGGGUUUCAGUCCUACGAAUAUAUCUACAAGAUCAGCGUGGCAGGAUGUACCGUUGACGUGGCACAAUAUUAUAACUGUCUUGACACCAUGCGUGGCAACAUCUAUCAAUCCAGCGGUAACAACGUUGUUAAUAACAGUCGAAUCCUGUACCUGCUUAAUUUUCUUGAGUUUUCACUAGGAAUAGUGCCCGUCACUCCCGACUUCCUCAGCGAAUUUUUCGUUCCUGUUGUAACCUUCUAUGCUGCCUCUUCGGAUGCUAAUAUUUGUGAGGCUGCACAAGCGACGCAACUUUGUCUCUACAACAACAAGUCGGCAGGCGAAUUCCUUCAAGUUUGGAAAACCACGCACUAUCUCGAAUUUCUAGAACAGUCCACACAACGGUUUUUGGCUGGUGUUCUCAAAUCGAGCCAACUGAUCCACAUUUUCGCUGCAAUUGCCCAAGAAAUUCCUGCCCUUAAACCGACCAAUCCUGAUAUUUCACGCGAAGUUUUACACUACACCUAUUUGCUCGUUUUGAACCACCAAAAGGAAUCUUCCGAAGUCGUCUCCACGCUGAUACAGUGUCUAGCUCAGCAACUCCCUCAUAUCAAAACCAAGUACAUUACAGGUUGGCUGGAAAAUAUCAUAGAAUUGAUACAAUUUUGUCCAGCUCAGAAGGAAAAAAUCUUUGAUUGUCUCUGGAAACAAAUAAAUUCGGGGCUCUUACCAGACGACCGUGCUCUGAGUUGGUUCUUAAGUUCACAAUCCAAGCUUUGA